AUGUCUCUCAAGGGCCCUACCCCCCAGCAGCACGACGGCACAGGUCUACGCGUAGCCAUCGUCCACGCGCGGUGGAACUCGACCGUCAUAGAGCCUCUCGUGUCCGGGGCAAAGGCCAAGCUCCUCACCGGUAAAUUCGACGCCGUCAUCGCCGUCGGCGUCCUCAUCAAGGGCGAGACCAUGCACUUUGAGUACAUCUCCGAGGCUGCCGUCCACGGCCUCAUGCGCGUCCAGCUCGACACGGGCGUCCCCGUCAUCCUCGGCAUCCUCACCGUCUUGACCGAGGAGCAGGCCAAGGCCCGUGCCGGCAUCGACGGCAAGGGUCACAACCACGGUGAGGACUGGGGCUCCGCCGCCGUGGAGAUGGGUGUCAAGAGACAGGAGUGGGCUGCCGGUAAGAUUGAGGGUUGA